AUGGAUGGAAUAAAAUAUGCAGUAUGUACAGACAAAAGUAUUCGGUUAUUGGGGAUAAAUCAAUAUACUUCUAAUGUCGAAUCGGGAUCAACUAGGACAGAAAUAAAGCAUUGGGUCGAACUCUUCUUUGGUGUCAAGUUCAUUGCUAUUAAUAGUAAUAGACUCCCGGGAAAGGGUAGAAGAAUGAGACCUAUUAUGGGACAUACAAUGCAUUAA